AUGGAUCCUAACGGCCAACGCAACGUUUCUGGCCACGAUAACAUGCUAGGACAGGACUUCCAACAGAUGCAACACGGCUGCAACACCAUGCCAAUGGAUAUGACUCCCAAUCACGCUGGCAACAUGACGUACAUGAUGCCACCCAUACCCGUCGAGCACACGAAUCCAAUGUACGGAGAGAGUAUGGGCAUGUACUACCAGCCUCCCGCAUACCCGAUGUACGACAACGGUGCGGCUUACAACGUCAAUGCGAUGCCAUAUAUGCAUCCUCAAAUGCAGCUUAUGCCGCAGUACGAUCACUACCAGCCGAGGGGCAUGGCACCUCCAGCAGCCGCAUUUACUCCGCGAAAUAACUGCCAAGAGGUGAACCCGGGGCGGGUUCCACCAUUACACAUGGGCGGCAGAGCCGUAUACCGCAAGCAGAAGGGCUUCCUAUGCUGCUGA